AUGCGACCGCUACCGGGCGGCGAUGCUCCGCCCUCAAGCAAACCACGGUCGCGAAAGUCGAGCGUUGCCGAUGCUUCGGUCAUAAGUAGCGGCCCUGCGAGCCAUGUACCCACAACGUUCUUCAUGAGGACCGAGGAAGACAUGGAACAGUCUAUGCAAACCUCGAGGAGCACUGCAGCAGCCAAGAGACAGAAAGAAAGCAACUUCGGUAUACAGAGCCUGGCAGAUACACUGGAAGCAGCCUUUGGUAAUGAAACCCAGCCCGGAGAUAGCAGAGGCGAUAACAUACGUGCGCAUCGUGCUCAGAGCAAACAAAACGUCCGGCGAGCUUCGCGUGAAUCCUCGCGGCCAGCUAGAAGGGACCCUGAGAGCUGCAAGUCCUCGCCGCCCCGAGCGAACAGGAGGGACAUGUCCACCCACUCUUUGUCGAACCCGAUGUCGCCUCUUGACACCGACUCGCGGUCGCCGGUGCCCCCCUCGGCGAUGCCCAGCUCCCCAACAUCAGCCUCGUUACAUUCAUUCAAGCUGUCCGACGAAGAAAUAGGCUCAGACGGAGUUGCCAGCCAGGCGGUAGCUUCAGGCGGUGAAGAGGAGGAGGACACGACGGUCAAUGAGUCCGGUAGCUUUCCGCAAUUAGUCAUGCCGAGCAUACAAAUGCCUUCACGGAGACCGUUCACUACGAAAGGAAAGGCCAUGGGCAAGCUGAAGGUGCUUGUUGCUGGCCAGGCUGGUAUUGGAAAGACAUCACUCAUACGAUCCAUCGUCCGACUAUGCGAGGACAUCGUGCACGUCGACCCACUUUCUCCGUCUAAUUCCCUAUCGCAACCCUCACCGUCAAAGUCGAGGUCGCGAAAGAGGAAGAUUGGUGCUACUAGUACACCUCACAUUACCGAGACACACGCCAGUACCAAGUCGUAUCCAGCCUGGUAUACGGAUAUUGAAGAAUCGCGCGUAUUACGACGACGUAAGAGCAGCACAACAGAUGCAGUGUUAGAGCGGAAUCUAUGCUUCGUGGACACUCCUGGAUAUAGUUCCGACGCUUUAAAAGCUGAAGACAUGGGUCGGGUGAUAGACUACGUCGAAGGUCUAUUAUAUCAGACAACUUCGGUGUCCAGUAUGGACGACAGUGACUUGUUCGGAGUCAUUAGCGGCAGCGGUGGUAUUGCCGUUGACGUGGUCUUGUACCUUUUGCCUCCACGUCAUGACAUCUCAGAGGAUAUCGAAUUCAUGCAGCGACUUUCUGCGCUCACGAACUUAAUCCCGGUCAUCGCCAAAUCCGACACGCUUCCCGCCAACGAGCUCGUCAGCAUCAAGACCUCCAUUCUAGCACGAUUACAAACAUCAUCUAUCAAACCUUUCUUUUUUGGUAACGCAGUCGACGAUGCGUUGCUCGCUGUUCAGGAGCUUUCCUUGGAGCAGUCUUCACCCGCAUCGUCGGCCGAAAAGUCAGCAUUAGAACCUAAAGAGUACCCUUUCCCCGUUGCAACCCACCCGUAUGCAGUAUCCUCGACGCUGGGCCCGGAUACCGACACAAUGGACGCUUCGCUUCUCAUGUCACCCGAUUAUGUGCAGCCACUACUACCAUCCGAGCUCGCCACCCUUGUGAAUCGGGUAUUUGAUCCCGACUCAAUUGCAUGGUUACGACACUCUGCGGCAAAGAAGUUUCUUACUUGGCGGCGGCGAACAAAGCUGCCGGGAGAUUCUUUCAUCCUCCAAAGCCUGCAACAACAGACGUUGCGACGCGGCAGUGCAUCAACCAGCGCCUCGGUCGGCCUCAACGGCGCUGCGCCGAACAUCUCACCUUCAGGCGUCCUAGUCCCUCAAGCAGGCUCUCCAUUCUACGCGUCCAAUCUCCAAUCUCCUUUCCCAGCAUCGUCGCCCUCAUUAGCACACACUCAGCCCGAAACUCUGGACAACCUUCCUGAUUUCUCCCUCGCACGUUAUCAGAGCGCCGCACAAGGCGAGCAGCGUCUCGCAGAAGUCCGCCUCGCAAAGUGGGCCACUGAUCUCCAGCGCAGCCUCCGAAACGAGAAAGAUCGCUAUGAAGAGCUCCAACGCACCGAACGCGCGAAAUGGCUCCUCGAGCGCGUGGGCGAAGAAGUCGCAAGCGGAAACAUCGUUGCGAGUCCCGGUGGGUCGCCCCGCGCCGACUGGGCCGUUGUCAAGCGUGGAGCUGCGAAACAAGGACUUGCCGGGCGCGGUCUUCCCUCGUACGGGCGCAGCGGGAACGUGGAUUCGAGAGACCCGCUAGGCUUGUGCGACUUCAGCGACGAGGUUAGGAGGAGGGGCUUCGUGCUUGUGAAGGUACUGGGUGGGAUGAGCGUGCUUGGAGCGGUCAUGGUUACUGUGAUUAGGAUGUGUGGGUGGGAGACGUUGGUGCCUGAGGGUGGGGUUUGGAGGUGGCUUACGGGGCAGACGGAGUAA